UUUUGUGAUCAUAUCGUGUACACAUUAUCAAGAUACAUCGAAAGUUAACCAAAUGAGCGCAAAAAGCAAAGUCACAGCUAGAGGCACUGUAAACUCUGGCCAUGGCUGGGUAUUUUAGCCGAAAAACCUGAUCUGAUAAUACCCGAUGCGGAACGGAUCGAAAAGAGAGUCAUCGGUGGUAGUGUGCGCUGCUUGAUGCGCUUGGUGUGUGUUGCUUAGAGUGGUGCUACUCGCAAUUUACGAUAGCAAUGUAAUGAAAGGGAAGCGCCAAAGACCAAACGAAGUGCAUCUAUGUUUCGUCAGUAUGAUGCGACGCAGUUAAAGUUCUCGACGAUCCGUGCAGUGAAUAGCGCCGCAGCAAAACAUCCCGCUGUACGCCGCUUCUUUUCCGAUGCGUUGAAAGCAUCCUCGUGCUUUCCGGCUAGUUUACUCAAAAGAAAGGGAAGCUAGUUGUCUCUGCGUCAAAUCAGACAGGCUGCGUAAAGUAAGCAGCACCGAAAGUGGUUAAAACAUUAUCGUCCUAAUAAGCAGUGUGCAAUGCAACACCGUCCCCUUGGUGGAAUAAAAACAAUACAAUUGUUCCAACACAAUAAGACAGGCCAGUGAAAAUAACAGUCGUUGGUCGGAGAAAAGGAUAUUCACAUUUCGGAAGGACCCAAAGAUAAGAGGUUAGCCGCGUACAGAGAUUCAGCAUAACACGCACGUAGUACGCACACACACACACACAUAGGGAGAAGCUCGCCGCAUCCUCCGUCCUCGGGCCAGAGGCUCACAAAGGAAAACUAGCAGCUGUCGCUUCGAUGAAAAGGAUUCGCGGAGCGUUGUUGGUCGUUGUUUAAAGCUUUCCCUUUCUAUGAUAGUAGUGGUGCGAUGCAUGCAGCAAAACCGGUAAAGUUGUGGUAGUUUGUGCGCCGAGCAAGGAUUCUGACUUUUUAAAGCGACAUCGUCGAAUGAGCCGGGAGAAAUAGAAAACAAUUGUGUUUGGGACGAGACGUAACCGGGUUUCGACACGGUUUGUGAAGCUGGAUUGCUGAGUUAACAAACAAACAGUGAGAAAAACAAGGGUCGCUGAUGAUGUCCUCGCAUCACCACCACCAUCACCACGACAAUAUCAUGUCGGAGGUCGAGGUACCGGAUGCGAACAUCGUGGAGGUGGUAGACGGUGGCAACGGCUUCGGUGCCGGCAUCGACUAUGACCAGUACGAAGUUGGUGUAGAAGACGGAAACUAUGAGGAGGUGACUUGUGAAACGGAAGACUCUCAGGACCCGAUGAUGCAGCACCAUCAGCUGCAUCACCUGGAGCACCAACUGCACCAUCCGGACGACGACGAAGUGAUGCUGCACCACGAGCCGGACAUUGGGCAGGCGGUGCACGAAGAGGUGCUGGAUUCGUCCGGUGACGCACUGUGCGUCUACAGCGACAUGAACCUUGAGAACGAAAUCUACAUCGAGUCGACGACGACACCGGGGCCUUCGAGGAAACGAAAAUCGCUCAAACAGCCACGCAGUGGCGGCACCGGAAUGAACCGCAUCCGAGCAAACGAGAACCAUCACCAUGGCAACCAUCACCACCACGGGCUGACGGCGGUGGAGCAGCUGGACGUGAACCACAAGCGGCGCCGCUGGGAACAGAAGCAAGUACAAAUCAAAACGAUGGAGGGCGAGUUCAGCGUCACGAUGUGGGCCUCCGGGACGGACGACGACGACGGUUCCAACCCGGAGCCGGAUCCGGACUUCACGGAGUACAUGUCGGGGAAGAAAAUCAUACAAGACUGCGACAGCAUACCCGGCAUCGAUCUGUCCGAUCCGAAGCAGCUCAGCGAAUUCACGCGGCCAACGCACAAGAAGGGUGGAGGCGGUGGCAAAGGAUCAUCGUCGAGCGGCGGAGGAGUAGUGUCCGGCAGCAUGCUCUCUCCUCAGGGUGGCGGUGUUGGGGGUUUGUCGGGUGGCGACGGUGGAAGCAGCGGCGGAAAGUCCUCGGACGUUUCGGAUCGCAACAUUGCCUGCCCGCAGAAAGGCUGCACCAAAAUGUUCCGUGACAAUUCGGCCAUGCGCAAACACCUGCACACCCAUGGGCCGCGCGUCCACGUGUGCGCCGAGUGUGGCAAGUCGUUCGUCGAGAGCUCGAAACUGAAGCGCCACCAGCUGGUGCACACGGGCGAGAAACCAUUCCAGUGUACGUUCGAGGGCUGCGGUAAGCGGUUUUCGCUGGAUUUCAACCUCCGGACGCACGUCCGAAUACACACCGGCGACCGGCCGUACGUCUGCCCGUUCGAUGGCUGCAACAAAAAGUUCGCGCAAUCCACCAACCUCAAAUCUCACAUUCUAACUCACGCCAAGGCGAAGCGAAACAACAGCAGUAGUGGCGGCAGUGGCGGCAGCAGUAGUCGCAACCAAAACAUGAUGCCGACGUCCUCCCCGCAGCACCAUUCGUCGCCCGGCGGGCUGCUCACGCCGCAGUACGUCAAGAUGGAAUCGGUGGAGAUCGAUAACGAUGGAUCACAGUUUAUCAUCUACACGGAUUAAGCGAAAAGCGAAACUCCCCUCAAAUGCUGCAAUGUUGAGGAUCAACUUGGGAAGAACAUUCAGGAGGCCAAACAAGGAGAAGAAACAAUUUAGACAGAGGUUGAUGAUUGUUUGGGUUAAAUUUUGCCAUUGGGGAUUGCAUGUGGGUGGAAAGGGAUGGAGGAAAAUGCAAUUGAAGAGAAACACAUUAGCGCUAGUGUAGAAAAGGUUGGAGAAACAUGAAGGCAAAACAAAAUCUGUUAAGGAUAAUGAUAAUGAUAGCUUUUCGUACACCAAAACAGAGACAAAUCUGUUUGUUCAAUGCGCGCGAUCAGUAGGAAUCGUUUAACUCUAUUAAGACCGCGCCCCCCACCUUCGGGAAGCGUCUGGUAGCGACUGUAAAUAUCCGGUUUUUGCGUGUAUCCUCUUUUCAACAAAAUAUAUUUAAGGAUAGGACUUCUCGGUUUUCGAAUGGAAUUUUAAGUUCAAUUUGAUUUGAACAACACAGUCAUCCAUUCUCAAGGUAUCGAACCGCCGUGUGCAGAGAAAGAGCAGAGUUCAGUUUUCGUAGCCUGUAAGAAAGCUUGUAGUAAUCCCGAAUAUAUUGUACAUAUAAUCUGUCCCACAAAACAAAAGCCAUCAGUUGUCAAUACCUCCUUCAGGUAGUACUGCAUCAGGAAACAUGUGCAGACACGCGAAGCGAUCUCUUAACUACUGGAGAAACUUAAACAAAACACACACACUGGUGUCUUCCGGGGCGCGCAGUUGGAGCAACAAGCACGUUUUGAAGUGUACAGAUUCCUCAAUCAUCCCCUGGAAGACUUGCGAGCAGCAGUGGGGGAAAGGGGUGAGCAAAGGGUGUAAAUAGGGCAAGAUGUUUUUCUUUUGGAAAAAUUUUCAGUUAGAUCGACCAACACCCCGGCCCAGGCUAUCCGCGUUUAGCUGAAAAGCACGCCUCGGUUAGAAGUUGGAAAAAUUUACUUUUCGAUAUUAUUUUUUUAUUUUCUUUUAAAAUUACUUUUCGUAUUUUUUAUGCCCCCCUACAUUUACUAACAAUUUUAGAUGUCCAGAGAGGGAACUUCAUUGUGAACAUAUUACAACAGUAAUCGAUCGUUCACAAAGGGAACGGGUG